AAGAGCAGUUAGCAGGUUACUCAAGUGCUUGUUUCCAUGUAAUGUAUUAUCACCAGACAGGGUUUCUAUUAAACCAAAAGGGGCGCUUUCUGUGCCACCUGACUAAGGGCUUUCCUCAAAACAGGGCUGGCCUCAAAGUUGUGCCAAGUUGCCUUCGGCCUCAUUCAGACUGAAUURGGAGCUCCUUCAUGAAGGAACGCAUGCUAAUAACUGCUCCUUCCAAACAAGUGACCUGUGUGCACAGUGAAAGCCUCGGGAGGAACUUGGCAGGAUGAAGCCUGUCAUCGUAGUGCAUGGUGGAGCUGGCCGGAUCUUCAAAGAACGAGAAGAGGGAUGUCGUGCUGGUGUUGUCAGAGCUGCGYUGCGAGGUUACAGUGUCCUGAAGCAAGGAGGUAGUGCUGUAGAUGCAGUUGAGGAGGCAGUACGGUCAAUGGAAGAUGAUCCUCAUUUUAAUGCAGGUUGUGGAUCUGUUCUAAAUGAAAAAGGCGAAGUAGAAAUGGAUGCCAUUAUCAUGGAUGGAAAAAAUUUAGACUCUGGAGCAGUGUCUGCAGUUAAGUGCAUAGCAAACCCAAUAAAACUUGCUCGACUUGUUAUGGAAAAGACGAAGCACAUGCUGCUGACUGACCAUGGUGCACACCUGUUUGCUCAGGCCAUGGGUAUUCCUGAGGUUCCAGGGGAGAAACUCRUAACAGAGAGAUCCCGGGAGAGAUGGAAGAAGAAUCUGGAGCCAGAUUCCAACCCUGAAGAAUUUCAGAAAGACCUUGGAACAGUAGGCGCUGUUGCUAUAGACAGUGAAGGCAAUGUAGCUUGUGCAACAUCCACUGGAGGACUCUCUAAUAAACUGAUUGGCCGUGUUGGUGACACAGCAUGCAUAGGAAGUGGAGGUUAUGCUGAUAACCAUUCUGGUGCCACUUCAACCACAGGACAUGGGGAGAGCAUUAUGAAAGUGGUCUUAGCCCGACUGAUCCUCUAUCACAUGGAGCAAGGAAUGUCACCAGAGCUGGCAGCGGACACUGCAUUAGACUACAUGAAGACACGAGUUGGGGGUUUGGGGGGUGUUAUUGUUGUCAACAAGGCAGGCGAAUGGGCAGCAAGGUUCUCCACCAAGCAGAUGUCGUGGGCUACUGUAAAGGAUGACAACCUGCAUUAUGGAAUUCAUGCAGGGGAGAAGCAUGUAAAAUCUGUUGAUGAAGCACUUGCAUCUGAAAGGGAGGGAUUCUAAAAAUGGAGAAAGUUGACUGACAGAGAAGAAUGAAGAUCUCCAGUUUUUGCUGGGGAGCAAGGACAGUGGACUUUGUCAUUCUGGAAGAUCUUUUGGUUCACAGGCAUCAUCACAUUUACAGUCUAAACAAAAUCUGGGCAUAGUUCUUUAAUGUACAUGUAUAAAUGUGUAGUCUUUUAAUACCUUUGUGAAGUCAGAUCCUCCUUUUUUAGACCAGAAGGGGAAUGGUCAGUAUAUUCCUUGGUUAGCAUGCCUUAAUCUUAYAGUAAAGGGAGCCUAAGAUUCAAUAUUAGAGGAGCUCCUUUCAAUGCCAGUUCUCAGGCACUGCUCCAGGAUGAUGUGAGGGAUAAAUUAAUUAAAUUAAAAGCUUAUUCAUUAAAGACUGAAUUUUGAAAAUCCAGGAGUCUUUUGAGCAGCUGUCUCAUGAUAAUAUCUCGGUAGCUGUCAGUGAAAGACCACCAAAGAUCAGUGAAGACUAAAAUCCGUUGUUGCAGGCGUGAGGUGACUGUCAGGAUAUAAUGAAGUAAAGAAAGUAACUUUCUCCAGAGAAGGGAAAGUCCGUGCUACAGAGCUCUAAUUCCAUUCAUUGAUAUCAGACUGGAAAUCACAACAAAGUAGGCUACAAUAUUUCAAACUAUAUGUGGACAGUUAACAGGAAAGAUACUAUUGAUGCGGUAUCUUGGAUAGUAAUAAAGAAGGUCAUGAUUUCAAUAAAAUUAACAGCAAUCUUUACUACUCAAAUGCAAAGGUGAUAGGCAUGUUUUAAAUCAAAAUACAAGCAAGAAAUGCUAAUUAACUGGAAAAAUAAUUAUCUAAAAGUAAGUGAUCAAAGCAGGUUGUAGUAAAACAAAUAAAACUGCCUGGUGACAAGCUUCUUGUGUGAAGUCUGAAACAUUGUCUGCAGAUUUUCUUUUUAAAAAAGAAUUGAUGUUCUAUAUUACUUCUAAUACAUUUUCUUCAUUAAGAUUUUGUAUUUUUAAAAGACAGAGGAAAGUUCCUUUUUUUGUUAAAAAUGUCCAACUUGACGUAUGUUUUGUAGAUCUAAAUGGUAAUGCAUCUAGGUACGGAUGUAGGCAGUACACAGGAAUACAAAUAUCYUGUCAUAUGUACUGGCUUUGUCAGAUGAAAGAGUGCACAGAAGGCACAUUCCACAUGACCUUUCCUUUGCUUGAAGUAGCUGGAGGGAUGAACAUUUACCCAGUAUUGCUGUAACACCUGGUGUACCGUCUUUGUAAAGGUCUUGUUUGUUAACAUUUUCUGCUCUGGUCAUGCUCCAAGCUGACCAAAACCCAAGUGAUGGUUAGGGUAGCAGCAAGCAUAAGCUGAUACACCUGCUGGGUGGUUUAUUGAUAAGGGUUUGGCACUAUGCUAACCCCGCCAGUUGGCUUUGGGUUAGUUUUGAACAAGUUCACAUCGGCCCAGAAGGCACCAGCCACCUCAGCCACACUACAGACAGGAUCUCAGGGGUGUCAGAAGGAAUAGUAAAUGGCUAGUGUGGUUAAUUCACCUCAGCUGUUCUUGGGAAUACGAUGUAAUAAAUUGCUGGCACUUGACAAAGUCAUUAUCCUCUAUAGGUUCUUCUGUUGCUCAUAACUAGAAUAGCUGGGCACCUUCCAACUGUGCAUUAAGCACUGUGACUACCAUCUGUUCUGUAUGAUUUGUUCUGUCUAACCCACCCUUUGGUACCAUGCUCUAUAUUCCAUUCCUAUAAGAAGUGUCUGGUUUUUGAAAAUAUGCAUAGGCUGUUACGUUGCCUGAAAUUAAAAGACAAUAACUUGCAAGAGAUAAAAAGCAGAUUUUUAAUGAAAGCUUUCAGAAAGCACAGAAAUGGUCACACACACAUGURAUAAAGGACUUGUAUAAUUUUUAUUAGAUUAAUUCAUUAAUAUAUCUAGCAGGUAUGUCCAGUAGAUGAGUUGCCCCAGGAACCCACCCUUGGGUCAGCUCCUUGGAGUUGGUCCAGGAGUUUCCUUGCCCUAUUUGUUGUUAUGUCUCUUAAGUUCUGGUGGAAACCCAGAUGUCCUUGUUCGAAAUCCUCUUCCUAAGAAUAAGACUAAACAGAAUUUUAACUAUGUGUUAGAAACAGAUUAUUAUUCUAAAAUAUGAGAAAGGGUGAGAAAAGUACUAGAAAUCAUACAACUAUAAAUUAAAAAUCUACAAAGCUACAAAUAUAUGAAAAGAACUAAAAAUCUUUAGGCAUGGGUUAUCCCUUUCCAGUUCACGGGGUCUGGGAAUGACUAACUGUGCCUUACACCCUCCUCCUGUGAUCCUCAGGCUAUAGUUUGCUCCACAGUUCAAAUGAUGUCAGCUCAGACUAAGSACUGGUAUAGGCAUUCAGGGCCAUAUGCUUUUCUUCUAGGUAGCUGACCAGCACUUCUMAGUAAAGGCAUGUGGUUUCCUCACCUAAUCUGGAUGGCAGGUAGACCCCUUCCAGGACAGUGUUACUCUCCUUCAUGAGGGGGAAUGAUAGCAAAUGGUCAGGGAUGUGGUAGACCUUAUUUUCAAAGGGGAUGGAGAGCUGGGGAUGAAAG